AUGUCAUGUCGGAUAUGCUACGAAAACAGCGUAAAUUACAGCAGGGGUGUAGCCGAUGGAGGUUGUCCUGCUUCUGGCCUGUAUGGUAUUGGCGGCACAAUUCUUCGGCUGAAACCAGGCAUCACCUCGGGCGCGUCCUACUCCCACAAACGCGCCCGUGAUGCAUUUGUUGGGAUGACCGCUGGUGUUGAGCACUACUCCAUGGCAGCGCACACAAUUUGA